AUGUCUCCAAGUCCAAAGCCAAAGUCCUACAUUCGGCGUCUCGGCCAGCUCGAGCUGUACCAAUCGGCGAUGCAUAACCUCGACCACUACUGCAGCACAGUCGUCACAUGCCGCUACACCCUCCCUGCGUCUCUGCACGGCUUCGACAGCCAAGAUAAGGUCUUCCGACGCUUCGACCAAGCUAUUGCCCAGACCGUCGUUCAAUAUCCUCUCCUGCAAGUCGGUCUUGUUGGUGAGAGUACGAAAAAGCCAGCUUGGGUAUCGCUUUCGUCUCUUGAUCUCGCAGACCAUGUGUCUUGGGAUGUUCGACCGGAGUCGAGGGAUUAUGAGAGGGCGUUUGAAGCAAAUCUUGCGUAUCAGCUCGAUGCAAAGUUUGAGAAUCUUGAGGCUUGGCCUGGGUGGAGGUUGUGUCUGAUGCGAACCAAGACUGACAACUUUGUUGAUGUGAUGUAUGUCUGGAACCAUGCUAACCACGAUGGUAUGGGUGCCAAGAUCUUUCAUCGCACGCUACUCCAGAGUCUUAACAGCCCAUCUGCUUCAUCACUUCUUCGACGCGGAUCGAGAGUAUUGGCAACUUCUAUAUGCAAGGAUAGCUUUCCCCAACCUCAGGAGAAGCUGGCCAAGCACAACAUCAGCUUAGGCUAUGCUUGUUCAGAAAUCUGGCACAGUCUUGGUCCGUCAUGUUUUAACUCAACAGAAGCAAAAGCUCGCUGGGCGCCUAUCCAGCCUGAUCCUUACAUCACACGUUGCAAGGCCAUGGAUAUCGACGCCAUCACAUUGAAGAAGCUUCUUGGCCAAUGCCGUGAGAAUGAUACUACACUUACUGGACUUUUGCACGGAAUCGUCCUAGCCUGUCUGUCCGUCGGCAUUAACGAGGGCAACACCGACGCUUUUCACGCAGCAACAGCAAUCGACCAUCGGAGAUUCUUACGCAAGGAUCUUAGACCUUCAAAGUACGCAUCGUUUGAUCUCGAGAACAGCAUUCAGAACUGCGCUGCAUCGCUCUGCCACACAUUCGAUCAUCAAAUCGUCAGCGAUAUUAGAGCUCAAGCACGCAUCAACAACUGGCCCGCCCAACCCAUCGACGAUUUGGAGCCCAUGAUUUGGAAAGCAGCGCAUCAGGUCCGCAGAGAUAUUGAGAAGCAGCUCGAGAGUGGAGUGAAUGAUAACAUCGUUGGGUUGAUGAAGGUGGUGUCUGAUUGGCAGGAUCACCUCAAGUCGAUGGAGAAGAAGGCCCGUGACCUAUCGUGGGAGGUUACUAAUCUUGGUGUCAUUGAUGGCAAGACUGAGGAUGAUGGUUUUGCCGUGGCCAAGGCGAGGUUUACGCUGAGUGGAACUGUUGCUGGGCCGGCUAUUCAGAUUAGUACGGUUUCUGUCAAGGGAGGGGAUUUGUCGAUCGAGCUUUCUUGGCAGGAUUUGCCGGAGAUUCAUGAUGUUGCUGGGAGGUUGGUGCAGGACUUGCGAGCUUGGCUGUUGUAUUUGGGUGCUUGA